AUGGCGACGCGGAAUAGGACCUUUUUGUAUCGAAAGUAUAGAGAUGCAUUAAAGAGCGUUCGAGUUCCGACGGGGUCUUCGCCGUCCUCGUCAAGCUCCGGCGGACCAGUGAUCGAAUUGGCGACGACGACGUUGCUUAAUCAGAAUCGCUCUUAUGCUCCUCUCAGUACUGAGGAUCCCGGAACUUCCAGACAAUUGAAGGAUUUUACUUCUACGGAUAUAGGUAACAUGAAAGGAAUGACUUUUUGUGUUCCCGAUGUUGUAAAACGAGGGGAAUAG